CGACAGCGGAGGGUGACAGCGGUGGGAUGGGCUGUGAGGUGUUCAAGAUGGCGGCGCCCUGUGGAGUGCAGCGUCUCUAACAGAGGUGCCUGGAGACUGUAUCGGAGGGUGGGCCCAGGAGUCCUCCAGGCAGGCAGGGACUGACACCUUGACAGAGAGACACUGCCUCCACCUCCUGCACUGCCACCGCCACCAUGGCCAGGGAGCAGCCCAAUGUGGGGGACCUCCUCCCACUCCUGGAGACCUCCGACCUCCACCAGCUAGAAGAGAUCCGAGGCCUUAUCAAUGAGCAGCUGAGCACCGAGCGAGGGUCCAUGCUGCUGAACAGCCUGGUGGACUACUUUCUGGAAACUAAUUCUACCCAGGCCAUGCAUAUCCUCUCCUCAGUCAGAGAGCCACAUGAUAAGCACCUUCUGGACAAGAUGAACGAGUGCAUGACCAAGCAGGCCUGCCGUCUGCCCACCCUCACCCUGCUCGGCCAUGUAAUCCGCAAGCAGCCGUCCUGGAUCCACAAGAUUGCCCGAUACCCCCUGCUGCUCUCACUGCUCAAAUGCCUCAAGACGGAUGCGGACGUAGUGGUGCUGAUAACCGGAGUGCUGGUUCUGAUCACCCUGCUGCCCAUGAUCCCUCAAGCGGGGAAACAACACCUGUGGGAGUAUUUUGACAUCUUCGGCCGCCUGGCAUCCUGGAACCUUAAGAACCCGGGUCAUAUUUCGGAGGUUUAUCUAAUCCAUCUGCACGCCAGCGUCUAUUCCCUCUUCCACCGCCUCUACGGCAUGUACCCGUGCAACUUUGUGUCCUACCUGCGGUCCCACUACAGCAUGAAGGAGAACAUGGAAACGUUUGAGGAGGUGGUAAAGCCGAUGCUUGAACACGUUCGUAUACAUCCUGAACUGGUGACUGGAACAAAGGACCAUGAGCUUGAUCCCACAAGGUGGAAAAAGUAUGAAAUCCAUGAUAUCGUCAUCGAAUGUGCCAAAGUGUCUCUAGACCCCAAGGAGGCCUCCUGUGAGGAGGGUUACGCCACCAUGCCUGAGAGCUUUUACCCCCAAAUCCACAUGCGACCACAAGACUGCACUUCCAGCCCCUACACAGACCUCCACAGCAGCUACGGAAGCUCUUCUUCGACCCCAUUCUCAACUCCACGGCAGCCGCUACCCCCGCCCCUGUCCUUGCCCCCCUUCUCAGGGACACAGCCCUCCUCCCGCAGCCCACCGACCUCCAGACGCCAGAACUCGACCUGUGAACUCAACUCUUCCUGCGGGGGGAAGGACCCUCUGUGGAGCCCCUCCUCGUUGUGUGGCAUGGCCACACCCCCUUCCUCCAGGGGCAUGUCGCCCAACUUGGAGCUCUCCCACAGUGCCUCACACCUUCCCAGCCGCUUCCACUGCACAUCAGGAGGGAAAGGAACGCCUGCCUCUAGCACUCCAGCCACCUCUUCCCCACCACCCACCCUAUCAGAUGACUUUCCCAUAAUCUCAUUACCAGGCAGCACAGUCCAGUCCAGUCCCCCAAGAAAGGAUCGCAGACAAGGAGAGAGCAGUAAACCCACGCUGGUGCGUCAGGAGCCAGUGAAAGACACGGAGAAGAGUUCAGAGAUAACAAAUAGAGAUGCCGGAGCUGCUGAGAAUAUCUCCAUGACUUUAACAGAGUUGUCGGUCUUCAUGAAGAAACAGGAGCUGGAGCUUCAGCUGAGAACAGAGAAGGAGAGGGAAGAGGCUGCCAUCACAGAGGAGCUGCUGAAGAUCACUGAAGAUACACAGGAGCUGCAGGGCCUGAGGGGCUUCGACUCCCCUUUCUAUCACACCACUGAGACUCUGACUGGCUGUCAGGCACAAGACAAGACCCACUCCAACGCCCAGCCCGAGGGCCCCAUCCGCGACCCCCAGAAUGUGUCAACACCAGACAAAGCGGAGAACACGGCAAGCACCAGCGGGGUUGGCAGCGAAAGAGGAGGUGGAGGAGCAGGAGGAGACAGCAGGAGUUCAGCCCUCGGCCUAGAGCAGUCUUGGUCUUUCCAGUCCUGUUUCACCCCGAUCGAUCACCACCUGCACCGGAGUCCCUCAGCCCCAGACGACGAGAUGGGCAGGUUUGGGAUGUUCUCCCCGAGCCCGUGCAGCAAGACGCCGGCCCCGGUGCCCUACGAGUCGUUUUUCGACCUGGCUCUGCCCAGGGCGGCUUCGCUCUUCGUGGGCCAGAAGACGUCGGAGGCGGUGCACAAGGCGGCGAUGGAGAAGCUGCUGCAGCAAGAGGAGGGGUUGGAGGACGGGGAGGAGGAAGGGGUAGUGGCUGCUUCACCACUGGAGGUGCUGGAUCGCCUAGUUCAGCAGGGGAGCGACGUCCACGAUAAAGUUCUAAAGAGAUUACCUUUGCCAAGUAAGUCAGCUGACUGGACGCACUUUGGAGGCUCUGCUCCGCUGGACGAGCUUCACACGCUGCGCAGCCAGCUGCUCCUGCUGCACAACCAGCUGCUGUACGAGCGCUACAAGAGGGAGCAGCACGCCGUCCGCAACCGACGCCUCCUCCGACGCAUCAUCAACGCCACUGCACUGGAGGAGCAGAACAAUGCUAUGAAGGACCAGCUGAACCUGCAGAGUGUGGACAUCUUGUCUCUGAGGGAGAGUCUGCAGGUGGAGCAGCAACGGUACAGGCAGCUGUGGGAUGACAGGGAGACUGUGGUGACCAGGCUCCAUAGUCAGAUCAGGCAGCUGCAGCAGGGUCGAGACGACUACUACACCAAGAACCAGGAGCUCCAGAGUAAGUUACAGGAGGGUCAGAAAAGGAUGGAUGACCUGGAGGCGGAGCUUCAGAGAGCCAACAACAAAGUGUGCCACACCGGUCACCUCCUCAACCAGACGGCCAUCAAGCUGAGCAACAGCGAGAGCACCCAGCAGCAGAUGAGCUUCCUGAACAAGCAGCUGCUGCUCCUCGGGGAGGCACAUAAGCUGUCCAUGCAGGAGCUACACCACAGCGGCGGCGAUAAUGCAAAGGAGGCCCGGAUGCUGCAGGCGUCUUACGGGAAAGAGGUGGAGACGUUGAGGCAGAGUUUGUUGGUUCAGGGUCAGAAGAUGGAGGCAGCGCAACAGAGAGUCGGCGAGCUGGAGACGCACCUCUCCAAGAAGGAACACCUCAUCGCCGAGCAGAAGAAGUUCCUGGAGGAUGUGAAAUGUCAGGCGAAGUCGGAGCUGCAGGCCUCAGACAGCAGACAUCGGGCUCAGAGGAGAAUCACUCAGCUGCUGCAGACCGAACUCCUGCAGCUCUACAGCCGAGUGGAGAUGGAAGCUCCAGCCAGCACUGCUGCCAGCUUGCCACCAGGGGGCAGAGCUGACCCACACACUCUUGCUGACACCAGUGUCCCGGUGCCAGAUGGACCAAGUAAAAGUCACACCAACGAGGCGGCGGCCAGUAAAACACCACACGACUCCCCUCGGGGCAACGGCAGCACUUUAACGCCAGGGCAACCAAAGGCGAGCCGCUCUUCCAAGUCAUCAGCCAACUCUAUCAAUGGCAGCCAGGACCUGGCCCCGCCCCUGCUGGUGGAGCCCUCGCUGUCCUGUCCCCACGUCAACCCGCUUGCACCCCUGCCCCCCGCCGACGCGCCUCUCACUGUGGGCUCCUACCCCAGUGCCAAGAGCUUCCUGGGCAUGAGGGCGCGCGAGCUGUUCCGCAACAAGAGCGAGAGCCAGUGCGACGAGGAGGAGCAGCCGCCGCCUCCGCGCCUUGCGGGCCUCGCCCACGGUCUGAAGACUGAGAUGUGUGUGGAGCCACCCUGCCCAGAUUAUAUUGCCCCCGUCAACCCCGCUCCCUGCCCCAUUCGGGCACCUCCUGCAAUGCCAGCUCCUGCCACCCCGCUCACGGUGCCCACCGUGCCCACCAAGGAGCCCCCAUCUGGGCCCAAGCAGCGGGCCUCCAGCCAGGAAAGCCCCCGCAAGAAGGCAGGGGCCGGGCCCGGUGUAGGGCGGGUUCAGGCAGGGUCAGGGCGCCCCCGGCAGCAGCAUCUAAAGAUCAUGGACUACAAUGAAACACAUCACGAGCACAGUUAAGAGACAUAGAACUGAGCCGGGAUGGAAAGCGGAUGAGGACGGACUUAGGUUGGAAAAUGGAGAAGAGCUACAAAAUCAGCAAGAGUAACGUGUCUGCUACUCUCCACAAUUCAGUGUUAUUUGAUCCAUUCCUCUGAGUGGACAGCAGGACCCCAGACCCCCCCCCCCCCCCACCGUUUCUUUUUCUUUUUAUUUAUACUGAUUCAUUCCCCUGAAGAAUGUUUGUUUGAGGAGGAGACAGGAAGACUGAGAUGCAAUGUUACCAGUGAGGAUGCUAAACUUAUGAGUUGGAUCAUGAGACAAAGACGAACACGAUGUGACACUAUAAGUCUGAGAUGUAACGAUCAACCAAAUUAGAAACUUUUCCCAAUUGGCUCCAGUUGUGUCGAUAUGUCCAUAUUUUGAGAAAUCUGUGUUAGUUUUCUCCCUUCGCCCCAAAACGAUGGAGGUGAAACAUUUAGUUUCUCCCACCCUGCAGCAGUUUGACUUGAAACAGCCUCCUAGUGACUCUGGUUAAGCCUGAAACAUGCUUCUGCGUUUUCACGGGCCCGUAAGCGCAAGAGCCCUUCCGGGUCCCUUACGUGCUUAUGUAUCCCUCCUUACGUGCUGACGGGUGUCGACCCCCUUUUCUAAAAUUUACGGCAAAGCUCCGCAAGCUCACUCAGCCCGCAAGGCUGUGAUUGGUCUGCUCUACAUCCCUUCUGGAGCUGCAUUUCCGGUUUCAUGCCCCAUAAUUCCGGCAGAAAUCACGGAAGAUUUAGAAGAACGAAUAUGGACCAAAUAGAAGAGCACUUGGCAGAAGAUAUCCGAUAGUAUGAUCACUUGUAUAACCUGUCACUGACUGGCGGAUUUGUCCGCCAGAAAAAGGCUACGAGGAGCCGCAGUGGCUAUGUAAAUAAACAAUCGACGAAGAAGAAAGAAGGCGUCUCUAAGGUCGUCUCGACAAAAAGCAUUACUCCGCCUAGUGUUCUGGCGCGGAAUUGCUUUGUAAGACGCACAACGGUUGGGGAAGCAUGAAUGAAAACGAGUCUUGCGCCACAGCGGCGUGAAAAGACGCAGACGCAGUCGCAGAAGCAUGUUUCAGGCUUGAGUCCUCAGACCUCAGAUCAGCAUUCAGAGCUCUGUGGAUUACCCAGAGUGACGUGGGGACACUGUUUUCAGAAACACACUUUGCUGUUAUCAUUUUUAGGAUUUAGUUUCAAUGCUGUGAGGAUGACAAACAAAGUUCCAUUCACCUCUGUUGUCAUAUUUAUCGGAUGCAGAAUCCUCGGAGACGGUAUCUAAAAACAUUGGACCAAUAAAAACCGAAAUCCUCUGCUGUUGUCAAAUAAAACUGCAGGAGUUUCAAAAUACAAACUUUAAAUCAGACAUUGUUACAUUCUCCUCGAUCUUUGGAUUGACGACAGACUUGAUUCGUGUUUUUGUUUUUCUGCGAGUGUUACAGCGGAGAGCGAUGGAAGUGAUUGGUGCGAAGAGUGUGUGUGUGUGUGUGUUACUCAGGGGGAAACCUUGAACUGUGACGUUGUUGCUGCUGGACCGACUUAACUUUUUUUCCAAACUACGUCGAAGUGUGUUUUGUUUUUGCGAGCGUGCGUGCGUGAGGUCGCAGGUAACGGCGUCGUGUUGAUUCUCCUGUGUCGGAAAAGAUGAGGAAAGUGAACGAAAUGAAGGAACUGAUGAAAUUUUAUGCAUUUUUUUUUUUUUUUUACGAAUUCCAAAUUGUGUUGUACCUUUUACUUUUUAUUCCGCCACCCAAGAGGUGUGCCCACCACUACAUAUCCGAAAUUUGAACGAGACCAGAGACGUUACACAAACCUAAACUCCCAAAUAUAAAGGUUUAUCUUUGGUAAAGAUGGCGAGAAAACAUUUGUAAUCUGACUGGAUUCAAAUAUCUCCAAACAACAGUGGUGUUCCUCACGUGCUGUGUAACAACCGAGACAAACACAGAAUUUGUGUCAAACCUAAACUCUCUCUUUUCAAAGUCGUCUAAAUCCUGUUGUCCACCGGGAGCUCCUGCUGUCAUUUCCUUCUGCCUCGCUAUCUAAAGCAUGUUCAACAAUCCACUUUAAACGCCAACCGUAGUAACAACAGCAAAUCAAGACAGAAGGUACAAUCAGCACAAAGUGAAGGAACCAGGACUCUGACCGGAGCCGGAGAGCCUGGGACAAAAACGACAAAAAAGGAAGUUCUUAAAGCAGUGGCUUGUGUUUAACUGUGAACAAUAAAGAUCGUCUUCAAUGUUUUGCACUACAA